AAAUCCUUCUUGAGGCAGAGAAACUGUUAAUUUGAUGGAAACACACAGAGGUUGAGAAUUUGCCCUCAGCUGCCGUACUGAAAAAAUUUAUAACUUUUUUAGUUUCUAUAAAAUAACAACUUAAGAUGCAACUUAGAAUUAAUACCCUGCUGUUAAUAUUACCAAUAGUCGUGGUAUACGCUGAUCACCACUCAAGAACCAAUCAGAAGCCAGAUAUGAGCACCAUAGUCCACCUUUUCGAAUGGAAGUGGGAUGAUAUCGCAGAAGAAUGUGAAAGGUUCUUGGCACCUCACGGCUUCGGUGGAGUUCAGAUAUCCCCUCCAUCGGAAAACCUUAUCAUCCACUUACCUGAUGGGUCUCGAACGUGGUACGAACGGUACCAAGUGAUGUCAUACAAACUAAAGACAAGAUCGGGAGACGAAAGCCAGUUCUUGAACAUGACUAGAAGGUGUAACAAUGUCGGUGUAAGAAUAUACGCAGACGUAGUCGUGAAUCAUAUGACUGGUGACAGCCCGAGUAACAUAGGGACAGGUGGCAGCACUGCUGACUUCAAGAAUUACCAUUAUCCAGGAGUUCCUUAUCAUAGAGAACAUUUCCACCAACCUUACUGUAGUGUUGAUAACUACAAUAAUGCUACUGAGGUCCGUGAUUGUCAACUGGUGGGUUUGAAAGAUUUAAACCAGACGACAGGUCACGUCCGCACCGAGAUCGUUGAAUAUUUCAAUGUUCUUAUUGAUUCUGGAGUGGCCGGCUUCAGAGUAGACGCAGCAAAACACAUGUGGCCGAACGACUUGAAGAAGAUAUACCAAAAGCUGAACAAUCUCAAUACGAAUUUUGGUUUCGCUCCAAACACAAGACCGUAUAUUUACCAAGAGGUUAUAUAUUACGGCAAUGAAGCUAUCAAACCUUCGGAGUACUCUUCACUGGGAGACGUAACGGAAUUUAGGGUGGGAUCAGAAUUGAAAGCGGUAUUUCGCGGUAAAAAUGCGCUGAAAUGGCUGGUGAAUUGGGGAGAAGGAUGGGGUCUGUCCCCAUCUGAAACGGCACUUUCUUUCAUUGACAAUCAUGACACUCAAAGAAGUAGUGAUGUCUUGACAUACAAGGAAGCCAGAGCUUAUAAGGCAGCAAUAGCAUUCAUAUUGGCGCAACCGUAUGGAAUCCCGAGAAUUAUGAGUAGUUACUUCUUUGAUAAAAGUGACCAAGGACCCCCUAAUGACAGAAAAGAAAACAUAAUUUCUCCCUCAAUUAAUCACAACGAUACAUGCGGCAACGGAUGGGUAUGUGAACACCGCUGGCGACAAAUCUACCAAAUGGUAGCAUUCAGAAACGCGGUCAAGAACGAAACGGUACAAAACUGGUGGGACAAUGGCAAUAAUCAGAUUGCAUUUAGUAGAGGCAGCAGAGGAUUCAUAGUGUUCAACUUGGAAGGAUCUGAUUUAAAUCAAAGAUUGCAGACUGGCCUGCCACCUGGAGAAUAUUGUGACAUCAUAAGUGGUAAAAGAAUGAACGGAUCGUGUUCUGGUGUUAAGAUAACCAUUGACGAUCACGGACACGCAAAUAUAGUGAAAAAGGCAAACGGAGAAGAUAUACAUUUGGCUAUUCAUGUUGGAAAAGAGUCUAAGCUGUGAAAUGUAACAAGCAAUGAUAACAUUAACAGUCUAAACAUAGUAUACAUCUUUAUCACAAGUUUUAAUUGUAUUAAAUCAUUUAAUCUACUUAUAAUUGAGUUAUAAUACAUGAUCGUGAGAUAAUUAUGUUUCUUUUAUUGCUGAUUAAUUAAA